UUUGCAGCAUUCCUUGCAGUAUUGAAUAUGUCUGUGAUGCUGGUGCACCAUCAGUCUUCACGGUCGGCGAACAUGGCUGAUGGCUCAAUCUAAUGCCUAGUUUACCAGUCUGUGAACCUUCACCUAUGUUUGUCUCUGAAACCCGGGUCCACAUUCCGUUGUUUGAAACAAAAACUCCAGCAGCAGAAGCUUUACAAAGGAACCAUGAGAUGGAUCACUGGAUUCGCCAGAUUGAAAUGCAGGUGUCUGGUGAUGCUGUAAGAAUACACUGCCGAGGAGAUGCAGAGAGGGUUAUCAACUCCCCCUUGUUUGAUGAUUUCCAAGACUGGACACUGCUCAGCGUCUUACAUAAAAGUAUUGCAGGGCAAGAGGAUAGAACACUUUAUAAUCUGGCGACUGUAGCAAGACAUAUAUGGGGUAUCCGCCAGAGAGCCUGAACAGGUAGUUCUUGGAUGCUGUAAACAUGGUACCUACCUAGAUUACAAGGCUCCAAAAUACAG